GUAGCGACUGGAUGGGGGACAACGAACAAUUCAGAGUCCUCGUGGCCGGCUCGAUAUAAAAGUACGAGCUGAAUCAACCAGAGGAGGCAUUCUCUCUCGGUAACCCGUUCGCCGAUGACCGGACACUGAGGUCGCGUUACUCACGACCUUUGGAGGACCGUCCGCUAUCGAGAGAAGAAGAAGGAGGAGGGAAAGAAAAAGAAAGAGAAAGAGUCGGCUGAAUAACCGGAAAGCAAAACUAACCGAGUAGGGAAGAAGCGGGCAGAGGAGGGAAGAGGAGCAAAACCAGGAGGAGGAUCAACGUAGCGUAGUGCGUUGCGGUGUCGAAGAAUCGCCGGAGCGGCUGAGAGAGCGGCCGACCUGAAGAAAGGAAACCCGUGGCGAACAUUUGCAAGUGAAAGGAGAGAGAGAGAGACCCGGUCUCUCUGGAAUUGCUCUUUGUAUUUCGACAGUUUGUCGACGAAAUACGAGAAGUGUCGUCAGUUUUUACGGAGGUGUUCGCCGGUGUUGAUCGGGGGACGCAGACGCGAAAAACGAGAAGAGAAGAGAGAGAGUGACGAGAUGGGUACACUGCAGCAGCAGUCGGUCCUGAAGGGCCACCAGACGGGACGGGAGAAGGAGAAGGAUCUGGUACACGAAUUGUUCGGCCGUGCGGCGGCCGCUCAUCCUGAGAAAAUCGCGAUACAUUACGAAGAUAAUAUCGGCCAGGAGCACGUGUUGUCUUUCGAGGAGCUGGACAAGGUUACCAAUCGGUUGGCGCGCGCGUUGCGCAAGUAUAACAAAUUCGGGACGACCACCUCCGCCACUUCCUCCUCCUCGCAAUCGUUCGUGGCCGUCUGCGUGAAACCCUCGGAUCGUCUCCCGGCCGUGCUGCUGGCUAUACUGAAGGCGGGGAUGGCGUAUCUACCUUUGGACGCGGAGUUCCCGACGUCCAGAGUGAAGCACAUCCUGGAGGAGGCCCAGCCGCUGAUGGUGUUGGCCGAAGAUGGAGCGGACUUGUCGAUUUACGACGGUGCUUUGGUGGUGACGUACGAACAGCUGUUGGAAGAGGCCGAGCGAGAGCAAGAGGACGCGUUGACGACAGUCAAGGAGGCGAAUCAGAUCGCCAUUGUUCUCUAUACUUCCGGGAGCACAGGAGUCCCGAAAGGUGUGCUCAUACCUCACGCCACCCUAUUGAAUCGUCUGCAAUGGCAGUGGCGGGAACUACCAUACGCCGACGACGAAGAGGAAUGCGUCUUCAAGACCUCUCUCACGUUCGUCGACAGCGUCCCGGAGAUCUGGGGCCCACUGCUGCAGGGUCGCACUUUGGUGGUGGUGCCGAAGAGCGUGACAAAGGAUCCGGAAAGAUUCGUACAGCUGUUGGAUAAACACAGGAUACAACGUCUAACACUCGUGCCGUCGUUGCUGCGUUCAUUAUUCAUGUAUUUGGGUCUGCACGAUAAUGACAACGCUCUCGGCCGCCUGACACUCUGGAUCUGCUCCGGCGAGACCUUGCCGGUCGCAUUGGCCGAUCAGUUUUUCGCCACUUUCGGCGAUCACGGCAAGACGCUGGCUAAUUUCUACGGCAGCACGGAAGUUAUGGGUGACGUCACGUACCACCUGCUAAGCAAACGCGCGCAAUUGCAAGGAAUGGAGAAAGUGCCGAUCGGUAAACCAGUCGACAACUGCAUAAUUUACCUCGUGAACAAGGACAUGCGAUUAGCCCCUCAGGGAGAGGUCGGCGAGCUGAUAGUAGCCGGAAGGAACCUCGCCGCGGGUUAUAUACGCGGGCGGGACGCACAUAAAUUUUUGGACAAUCCUCACGCUAUCGAUCCAGAGUAUCCGAAAAUCUUCCGCACGGGCGACUAUGCCAAGAUAGUCAAGGGGUCCAUAAUUUACGAAGGACGAGUGGACUCGCAGAUCAAAAUCAGGGGCCACCGCGUCGACCUCACGGAGGUCGAGAGGGCGAUCGCCAGGAUACCCGACAUCGACAAAGUCGUGGUUCUUUGUUACAAGCCCGGCGAACUGUCGCAGGCGCUAAUAGCUUUCAUCACCACCGUGAACGGCAAGGCGCAAUUCAGCCAGGAGGUCGAAAGUCUCCUGCAAAGGAUGCUACCGCCGUACAUGCUGCCACAAAUUGUUAUCAUCGACCGUAUACCUCUUCUGACCAACGGAAAGACGGAUCGGCAGGCAUUGCUGAAGCAAUACGAGUCAUCCUGUCCUGACAACGAGGACGAGGUUACCGCCAACUGCGAUUACAGCGGCGUGCCGAGCCAAGACCUUGUGAAAGCUCACGUUCUUUUUCCGACCAUCGCGUCCGUAAUCGGACGCAACAGUCGCGCACCGGUGACGUCACAGGCGAAUUUCUACGAGCUCGGUGGAAACUCCCUGAAUUCCAUCUACGCGGUGACCAAGCUGAGAGACCAGGGUUAUCAGAUCGGCAUCACGGACUUCAUCACGGCGAAGAAUCUGGCCGACAUAUUGGAUCACAUGAAGCUCGAAUCCAGCGAGGAGGAGCCGCUGGAGGAGACCAUCGACCAAGGCUCGUACAUCUUCGAGCCGUUGCACGACAGCCACAAGGAAGACGCGAUCGUAAUAAUCACGGAGAGCUUUUACGCGAAGUCCGAUUUGGAGCAGUGGUUGAUGCCGGACAUAAGCAGAGCCGAUUAUAAGGAGCUGAUGGAGGCCAUAUGGCAGCCUCUCGUGGAGAAGGGUCUGAGUUUUGUGAUGAAGUCGAUGCAGACCGGUAAAACGAUCGGGGUCGCCCUCAACUUCGACCUCUGGGACGAGCCCGAGGUGGUAUUGAGCUCCAAGCUUAUGAUUGUCUUCGACUUUCUCGAGUACCUGGAGGCACCGAUCAGAGAAUACAAAUUGCCAAAAGGUAAAGAUCAGAUUAUUCACAACUUCAUGAUGACGACCAGCACCGAGCUGAACGCCGCGGAGAACGUGCUGGCGAUGAGGCAGAUGGAGGAGCACUGCUUGGAAUUCGCCAAGCAGAAGAAGUUCGCCGGCAUUUUCACGACGAACACCAGCCCGCUCACACAGCAACUCGGCACGGACGUGUACGGCUACGAAUCCAUGCUGGUGUACCAAGUAAAUAAGUACGAGAUACCCGACGGCAGCAAACCCUUCGGCAAGGCUCCCGACAGCCAAUUGGCGAUAUGCUCGUUGAAGAUGAUCAAGUGAAGCGAAUCAAUCGAUGUUACUUCAGUAUUGAUUUAGAGCUACGUGCGAGGAACGCGCGUUGCCUCCUGACGAAUUGCCCAACGAUGAAUAUCUGUAUAUAUUUUUUGUAAAUAGAUGUGUAUAAUUAGCAACUUAGCGAGUUGUUUGGAGUAAUUUGCAGUUAGUAUUAUAGACUUCAAAGUGGUCCAUGCGCAAUCAAACAGGGGACAAAGCACUUUCGUGCUGACACCCGGCUAUGUAUCGUGACGUGACGUAACGUUGAUUUUACGUAAUAUAUCAACUUGCACAAAUUGUCGAAUUGUGUGCGUGGGCAGCAAAAAUGAGCUCAGAAGAUCAGCCAUCAAUUGAUGUGAACUCGUCACGGGCAACCUCCAUCACAUAUUCUUACUUUAUAAGCGAAAUAGUACAUAUAAGAUCGUCUUAUAGAUUUAUUAUUUAAGAUACGCGCCUACGUGAAAAAUUCUACGUAAAUUAUUGUGUACACGUAAGAAUAAUUUUACUUUUCAAUAAAUAUUCGCUCUCAUAAUAGUCUAGUUUCGAAAACGGCGUUUACAUCGUUAUAAAUAUAGUAUAGCAAAAGUGGAAAAAAUGGUGUGUUCGAAGCACGCAACGUAGUAAAUAAGUUAAGAACGUAAUUCUUAUAUAACGUGAUGAUAAAAAUGCAGGACUACAGACAGCUACACAAAGCGUACUUUAAGAAAUAUAAAAGAAGACUUUGA